AUGUCGGGCCUAGAGAUCCCCUCCUUCAUCAUUGGCCUUGGAGGUCUUGUCGCCGUGUUUGACAAGGGCUUUGAGGUAUGGCGCACCAUUCGCGAAGCUCACGACUUUGGAGAUGAUGUCGCCGAUUGGAUGUGCAAACUUGAGAUGGAAUUCUUUCGCUUUCAGACGUGGUGGACGGCUUUGGAGUAUCUCGCACUCCGACCAGGUCAUCCGCCAUCGGUUCGACGAGUGCCGUCGCAAACAUCGGCACUCCAAGUCACGCUAGACAAGCAGUUCGGACAGCCCAUUACAGAUGCCGCAGUCAAUAUUCUCAGGCUUCUCGAAAAGGUCGAAGAAGUCCUCAAGCGAAAUGGCAUCUUGACCAUUUUCCAGGCUCAACCCCCAGAGCCGAGGCAGACGCUUGACCUUUCAGAAGAGACAUCAAAGUCAAGAACGCGGCUCAAGAAAUUCGCCGACGACCUCUUGAGGCAUACACCCUGGAUCACACGGAUAAAACACAAUGCAAGUCCAUGGAAAGACAACGACAAGUCUACCCUCGACAGUUCACUCGAAUCCAUCAUCUACUGGAACAACGCGCUUUACAGCAUCCUACCGCAGAACCUCCGGGACAGUAUCUUGGAGCUAGGCAUCGCGGGCUACGCAUUGGAUACUUCGGACAACAUUGGGGAUAUUUCGCGACUAUCGAGUAAUCGCAACACCGUCCUCAGCCAGAGCGCCAAGUUCAUUAGGCUUCGUCAACGAUUCAAGGAUGGGGCAACUACCGAUGCAGACCUGGAUGCUAUCCUGACAAAAAUGGAGCGCAAGAUGAUUCACUUUAAGGGAAUUGAUACCACCAAGGUCCUUGCAGGCUACCAAUACUCCAUCGCCCACUAUUCUCCCGAUGAUGAAAGUCAACCUCGUCGAGUCAUGAUCGAAUGGAUACCGUUUCCACAAGGCGACUACGACGUCUACAAACUUGCCCGCACGCGCAUGUCACAGAUAUCGUACUCCCUACAACAGAUUGGGGAACUAUCCCAACUAAAGGUCCUCCCAUCUCUUGGGUUCAUCGAGUACGGCAGCGCAAAGGCCUUUGGCUUGGUGUCGGCGUUGCCGACAAGCACCACAUCCUCAACCACUAUUGUCACUCUUUACGAUAUACUACCCGGAAGCCAGCGACCAGGUGUAAAUGAAAGAUCAUCUUCUAGCCGAAGAAGCGUCAACUAUCCACUACCAAGUCUUAACCAGCGCUUCGAGCUCGCCACUACGUUGGUUAUGGGGUUCUACACAUUUCUGCUCACGCGGUGGCAUCACGAGCGAUUCAGCUCCUUGCACAUCGCCUUUCUUGUAAACGAGGCGACGACAUCAUCAACAUCGACCCAGCAUAUUCCUCUCGAUCUUGGAGCACCCAUAAUCGGCGGUUUUGCCAUCUCUCGUCCCGACUCGACAACCGAACUAUCCAUCUCGGCACCUGUCGAAGACUUCGAGGCUGUUUACUUACACCCCGAUGUUAGACAGCGUCUCAAGUCUCGACCUGCGGGAUCAAACGCAAACACAGAGCCCCAGGAGCGCUAUCAAAGGGUCCACGAUAUCUACGCUUUGGGACUUUUGCUCGUCGAGAUCGGCUUCUGGCGACCGCUCGCUCGUGUGGCAGAGUCAGGUUCCGGUGGAAAGGUCAAGGCUAGCAACUUGUCAGCAAAGGAGUUCAAAGACGCAAUAGUCAAAAAGUGCAGAUCAGAUCUGGCUUUCUGGAUGGGAGAAACGUAUAAGGAUGUGACCCUGAGGUGCUUACUUGCGGGAGAGGAGGGUGGCGUGCAGGCAGCGGAUGGGACUGGAGGGUUGAACAAUUUCUACUGGGAUGUUGGGAUUAGUCUGAUGAAUAGUGAGAAUUAUGUAGGGCAAGUGUGA